AUGUCCGCGACGCAGGAGAGCAUCAUCCGCACCUUCCAUCAAACCCUAGCCUCUUGCUCAAGUUUGAUUGAAGCAGGUGAUUACAGUAAGUCGCAGCAUUCAAUCUCCGAACACGUAGAUUUCCUCAACUCAAUCUCCAGUUCCGUUUUAUCGGAAUCCGAAAAUGAAGACUCGGGAAAAACAGCGCUCGAAAUUCUCGCCCAAAUUCAUCAAUAUAUAUGCUUACCUUCACUUAAUCAGGAAGUUAUUGAUGCGUUAGCGUUUGAGUGGCCCAAGGCAGUUGCCAGGUUCGCUUGUGUGUCUAAGAGGAGUUUGGAGGUGGCUGGGAGCAUCAUUGAUCGGUUGGUUGAGACUUGUAGUCCCCGCGAUAUGCUUUCAAUUCUCUGUGAGGCAUUAGGUUCUCGAGAUGAGCUGUUUGCUGUUCCUCGUUACUUUAUACCACUUCUAAGUGGGCUCGCCAAAGUUCUUGUUUCCAUCCAGAGGCGGCACUAUGAGCAAAUAAAAACUGUGGUUCCUGUUAUUCUCAAUGUUUUGGAAACCAUGUCUUCUGAAUUAUAUGAUGAAGAUAAAGAUUUUGAGGAAUUGUUCUGCAAAGCAAUUGACAUUGCCAACUCUAUUCAAGAAGUUCGUGUGAAGUUGGAAGGCAAGGACAGGAAUAAGCUCCGUGCUUUAUUAGGCCUAUAUGUCUUGCAGACUAUGGCUUUUGUUUCAAUUGGCUUGACGAGUAAAUCUUCAAGCUGUCCCCAGUUAGUGCUACAGUUAUGUCACUUCCUUCGACAUUGUGAAUUAUCGUACAUAGGUUUGAUUACGGGGUCUGAGGUUGAUGUGCUCACAGAACUGGUUCUUGGAGAUGAAGGUGAUGACUAUAUGAAUUGCUUUUCUCAAGUCAAACUUGGAGCAUCACUUGCAGUAACUUGGGCUUACAAGUCUAAUGAGGUUGCUUUAGCUGCCAACGCUGACUUGGCUGCCGUCAAAAGUGAACUCCAAGGUAACUGGUCUAGAAGAUGGGAAUCAAUAGGCAUGUUGAAGCAUAUAUUCUCAUGCGUGAAUUUGCCAUGGGAAUUGAAGAAACAUGCAAUCAAUUUCCUUAUUUGCAUCAUGGAUGGAAUUUUAUCGCACUCUUAUGAUGAUCAUGUGGACUACUCAGCCUAUAUGCUGACUCUCUAUUCUGGUUUGCAGGCAAUUGAAAUAGUCAUCAUGUAUGCAUCAGAUGCUGCAUCAAGAAAGGAUGCUUUUGGCGUAUUCAAAAAGGUACUUGCAGACAUCCCAACUUCUCUAAGAUUUGAUGUCUUAAGGGCCUUGAUAAAGAAUAGUAACUCUUCUUCCAUGAUCGCUCUACUUCUAGAUUACGUUAGAGGGGAAAUGCAUUUGGCAAAGACUAAAAAAGUUCCAUUAGGGAAUGCCUUGGAACCGGAAGUCCACGAAAGUACAUCAUUUUGGAGUCCAAGCGUUCUUGAGUUGGUGGAGUUUGUUCUAAGGCCUCCAGAGGGUGGACCUCCCCUCCUCCCUGAGUACAGCGAUGCAGUUUUGUCCGCCCUUAAUUUCUACAGAUUUAUAUUGAUUACAGAGUCAACAGGGAAUUCUAAUUACACUGGCAUACUGUCCAAAGACAACUUAAGGAAGGCCUACAAUGAAUGGCUUCUCCCGCUGCGUACAUUAUUGACAGGAACCAUGGCAGAGAGCCAGAAUAAUGAUGAUCCAUUCACAUCCGAAACAGUAUGCUCGUUGAACCCUGUCGAGUUUGUUCUAUACCGCUGUAUUGAACUUGUAGAAGAGAAGCUUCGAUGUUUAUAA